AUGGCGCCCGUACAAACACCGAGCAGCCGCGUGCCGGCGAGCGUCAACGACUACACCGUGCUACCUCUGUCCAUCCCGCCCACCUCCUCUUUCCCCGUUGCGACAAAACAUUACCUCUACCUACGACCCAACGCCCCAAAGAUCCCCACCGAGAACACACCGCGCGAGCUCUUCGUCGUCAAUCUCCCCAUCGAUACCACGGAAGCGCACCUACGCGCUCUUUUCGCCAGCCACGGCGGCGGCGCAAGAGUGGAAAGAGUAGAGUUUGAAGGCGCGAGGACGGGCAAAAAAGUCACAGCGCCGGUGACGAGCAAGAGUGGGAAGAAGAGAAAGAGAGGUGGAGAUGGAGGAGAGGCUAAAGCGGUCGAGUUGCCAGAGAUGUGGGAUAGGAGCGUGGGCAGGAGUGGAAAUACAUGUGUGGUUGUGUUUGUGGAUGCUGCGGCUGCGGAACUGGGACUCAAAGAGGUGAAGAAGGCGGUCAAGGCUGCUAAGGAGAUUGUUUGGGGCAACGAGGUUGGGGACAAGGUGCCUGCAUUGGGUGCUGCGAGAUACCUAAACCACCACGCCCUCCGCUUUCCUCGUACAAGUGUGCUCCAAGCAUCAGUAGACGCCUACAUGACAGCCUUUGCCGACCAAGAAGCGUCGCGCGCGCGGGCACUCGCACGCCAACGCGCAGAACCCGACGAAGAUGGUUUCGUCACCGUCACACGCGGAGGACGCAUGGGACCCGCUCGUCAAGAAGAAGCGCAAGAAAAAGCAGAAUUGCAAAAGGAGAAGCAGAAGGGCAAGGAAGACUUUUACAGGUUCCAGAUGCGCGAGAAGCGCAAGGAGAAGGCCAAUGAGUUGCUCAAGGGCUUUGAGGAGGAUAGGAAGAAGGUGGAGGCUAUGAAGAUGAAGAGGAACAAGUUUAGGCCGAAUUGA